AUGGAAAGUGACGUCAGUGAAGCAUUCAAGUUUGUUCCACCCCUGAACAGUCUUACCCUGAAUUGCUUCUCCAAUUCCCAGCUUGAGACCCCAAUUUCUAAACUAUUCUCUGCAGACCCAACAGCUUUUUCCAUCUGUAGAUCAUCUUUUUCCAUUAAUUGGGAGGGCUAAGCCCGUCCAACUUGGUGAAUUCUCCUUCUGAACAACCAGUGGUAGAAGAUUCAAGUAAACAAUGGGUCUCAGAAAGUAAGAAAUGGCAGAGAUUUGGAAGAUUAAGAGGUCAAAUUGGAAGUUGGGGGAAGUUGAGAGACCAUGAAUAUGAUUAGCAGUUUGGAAAUCAAAUGGGGCGAUUAAAAGAUAAGAGAAGUAUGGAACUGGUUAAUUUGGCAACAUUGGUAGGAUUUUGUCUCCACUGCUUCUUCCUGCUUCUCCUUAUGAAACCUGCUUCUGCACAGAAUGGCUUUGUGAGCUUACAGUGUUGUGCACCAUCUAAUAGCACUGAUUUCAGCACCAAUAUAAGCUGGAACUCGGAUGUAAAUUUGUUCAAUAACAUAGGAAAAUGUCAAGAGAUAUCUUCCCCAAUGAUCAACGACGCAAACUAUAGAUGGGCUCGAAUUUUCAGCCCAGGCCCAGGAAACAAAUGGUGUUAUAAUUUGACAACAAUCAAGGAUCAAGAUUAUUUGAUAAGGGGUACCUUCCCCAGUGGUCUCGGUUUCAGUCCUUGCAUUGAUACAUUCUUCAAUAUUUCAUUUGGUACCACAUCCAUUGGUCAAGUGAAAUCUUCAGACAACUCUUCAGUCGUGCAGGGGAUUUUUAGAGCUACCAAUCACUACAUAGACUUCUGCUUAGUGGUGGAGAAGGGCAGCCCGUACAUUUCAGAGCUUGAAUUAAGGCCUUUGGGUAAUUUUUUGUACCCCGAGUUAAAUUUGUCUAAUGUUCUAAAGGUGGUCAGUCAAGUUGAUGUUGGGAACACAAAAGGGGUGGUCAGGUACCCUUAUGACCCAAGUGAUCGUAUUUGGGCUACCAGCUCAAGUCUAAGCAAUAGUUCCAUCACAAUAUCCAACACAAGCAUCUCAGUCAAUGGUGCUAAUGCAUCUGUACCGGUUCAAGUGCUACAAACAGCACUGAUGGGCAAAGCACAGCUGCAGUUCAUACAGAAUGACCUUGAUUUGAGCAAUAAAAACUAUUAUAUUUUCCUUUAUUUUCUUGAACUCAAUGGAUCUGUUACGAAGGGAGAAAGGGUGUUCGAUAUAUAUGUUAAUGGACAAAAGAGAUAUGAAAACUUUGAUGUAUUAGGAGAUGGAACCAUCUCCAACUACAGAGAAGCUGUUUUCAAUGCCAGUACAGAAAAUGGUAUUCUUAAUGUGACGUUAAUUGGGGUCCAACAUCAGCUGGGACCUAUUUGCAAUGCUUAUGAGAUAUUACAGGUGUAUACAAGGUCUGAAGGGACUAUCCAACAAGAUGUCGAUGUAAUUAUGGAGGUGAAGGAUGAACUAAUAGCCAACAACCCGGAAAAAGAGUUCCUACUGAGCUGGUCUGGAGACCCAUGCCUUCCCUUUCCAUGGCAAGGUUUGGGCUGUCAGCCCAGAAACAGUUCAGCUGUCAUCACCUCACUGGAUCUUUCAUCAUCUGAUCUUCAAGGAUCACUUCCUCCCCGCAUCACUGAGCUAGCCAACCUGAAAGCACUGAACCUGAGCUUCAACUACUUCACUGGCACCAUUCCAUCUUUCCCAAAUUCUUCCAUGUUGACAUCAAUGGAUGUAAGGAAUAAUGAACUUAUUGGUUCAAUUCCCGAAUCUUUUUCCUCGCUUCCUUAUUUAACAAAAUUGUAUUUUGGAUGCAACCUUCAACUCAGCAACGCUCUUCCUUCUGGAUUAUUGAACCACCCAAAUCUUACCUCAGACCUUGGAAUCUGUGUUGAAGGAGGUUCUUCACUUUCAGUGCAACAAAUUAUCAUAUUUGGUGUCACAGGGGGCUGCCUCCUAUUUGCAGUUGCUGCCGGCAUCAUCUUCAUGUACAACAAACGAAGAUUGAUGGGUCGGGGAAGAUUAGAUCGAGGAAAAAGCCUGAAGACAAAAA